AUGAACAUUGGUCCCAACAGCGGCAAGGCGGCGCGCUACCAGCCAACGCCGCAGGUGCAGAAGAAGGAAUUGGUGCACCGCAACCCAAACCACGUCGCGAAGGACGUGUACGACGCGCAGUGUGGUGUGAACCCAUUGUUGGCCCGGCUGUACAGCGACGGCAUCUCCAGUGGCGCCCGACUUGGCGUGCCGAACCGCCUGGCGCAAGACGUUCCGUGGACGCCGGACUUGGUACGCGGCAAACAACAAGUUGAACCAUCCGCGAUUUUGAAGGGCGUCCCAGUGGCGCUCCAAGAGGAUCCGCAGGCAUCACGGACUUCGCUGCCGCCGACACCACCACACCGCACUCUCCAGUUGUACAAACAGCCCAAAUACCGUGAGGAUGAACUCAAGCGGAUCCUAACUAUCAGCUUUGCUGAGAAUAAAGCGGCAACACUGUCUUUUAAGCGAGCGCCGUCCAAUUCUGCUCAGCCAAAUCAAUCUGCUGCCGCCACCAUGCAUGCGAAAGGGGAGGGCGAGGGGUUGGAGACUGGAGACGGCAAAGUGACUCUGGCACAGGGCGGCUCUAUCCCACGCUUCACAAAGUUACGGUCAAAUGCACCGAAUGAGUUUACAUACCUUGUCAUGCGGCCACGGGGAAUCCGAGAUCCGUACAAUCCGUACGACUUGCAAGUCGUGUCGCAUAAAGACAUUGAUCCCAUGCACUAUUACACUGUUUCUGCAGCGGGUGUGACAAAAUUUAGUGGGCAUGAAGCUGAAUUUAUUGAGUUACACACAUGGGAGCGAGAUUGUCGGAUCUUUAACCAGCUGAGGCAACUGGAGGUUUUUCGGGACUACAAGAAGUGGAAGAGUUUUAUUGUCUGGCGAGGACUUGUUCGUAAUCACGCCAUGUCUAAUUGCAAAACAUUUCUUACGAAAAAUCUAUUUCACGUGCACCCGCAACUCUCCGGCGCAUUGUGGGCUGUAUGGCGAACUUGUUUGGAAUGCCUCAACAGCAACAGGAUGCAUCUCCCGGCGACGGAAACCCGUACUUUGGAGGGCUUUUGUGCGGCGGCGGCGGCUCAUUUGAACUUUCAACGAAAUCGCUUAGAAAAGAUGAUUAAGGGCAUUCGAGACACUGUGGAACGCGCAUGCAAGGCGGCCAUGUUGGCCGCACAGAUGGAACGCGAGAGCGUCAGUGCCCUUCACGCCGAAGAUGAGAAGAAAAAGAGGAAACUCAUCGAUAUUCGCGAAUUGGGGACGCAGCAGAAGCCUACUUACAUUGAAAUGUCACAAAAAAAGGCUGUCUGCCAGCGUCUCACCGCAUUCAUUCGUUUAUGCGACCACAUUAUUAUUCACUGCCUGACAAACUUGGCCGCAAGAGCCGUAGAGGAUGUCUACCACGAUUUUUGUUACCCCAAGACCUCCGUUGUGGCACAAACCGCCGGAAGACGGCCCUC